UCAGCUCGAACCCUUGCCUCUCUGGCGGCCCCAGAUUCCUAUAGUGUGGCAAUCUCGCGCAUCGCUCGCUACCUGCCGAGGGCUCAUGCACCCCGACCUGACUUAAAUAUAUUUCUACGCACAUCUCCCUGCACGCCGCGCACCGCCUAGGAGCAGCCUGGUUAGGUGCCCACUCGUCACGGCUGACAUCCAAGACAACCUCCGUCCAGCCCCCGGUGCUGGACACAUCUGCCGUCCGAGCUCGGUUUCCCAGUCAGCACCACUACGGGUUUAUCCAUAACCUACCAUGUCAGUCUUGUCUAUGAUUAAACGUGGCCGUCAGGCCGCCAAGGAGCAUCGCGCGGAGCAAGCCAGGAAGGAAAAGGAAGAAGCGGCAAAGCCUCCCUACAAGCACGUACCGAAGCAUGCCGCUAUUGACGCCAUGUUGGGGGGGCCAGCCGGCUGGAGGGAGGCUGACCGAGCCAGGAUCGUCGAGCAGAACCGGAGGCGCAGCGCCAUGACGGCCAGCGGCGUGGGCAUGAGCGGCUUCGUUACGCCCACCCAUGCCGGCGUGCCUCGGGUUCACAGCUCGCUCUCUCACGUGUCUUAUCCGUCCGCAUACGCGAGCCCCGUCGUCCAGUUACCACGGGGUUACAGCUACAGCAGCAUGCCGGCGGGAUGGACGCCAGCUGGGCCGGAAGUGAGCUACAGUCCGAUUGACAUGGGUGGCAUCUCAGCCAAGGGCAAGGAGGUCGAGAGGAUCGUCGACUCCUCUCAGACGAGUCGAUCCUCCAGCAAAGUGUCGACCGGUCGGGUCCCUUUUUCGCACCCGGGCAUUCCUGGAGUCGGGGAUGCUGCGCCGUCUCCCGUUGAGAGCUCCGGCGAUUCCGCCAGUUCGCAGGACGAGCUGGAGAUGAAGCCCGUGGUCAGGCACAGCGUCCCAGCACCUCUCUCAGCCAGCAACUCGUUAAAUGUCUCCAGGACGGCAAAGCCGACAAGCGACACCGAGAAAAUUCAUAGGCUGCACCCAGCUCGCUCACGCAGAGUCUCGGAGCCCAUUCAGUCCGUUUCUCGGAGCCCACUCGCCUCGAGGACCAAUUCUUUCUCACCAGGCGUUCCCCCCGUGGCCGCGCUGCCACCCACGCAACUUGGAACUGCCAUUACCACCCCUGACGAGUUUCCUUCCCCCGGGCCGAGCGAUGCCACCGACAACCCCCCACCCACGACGUCGCCUUCUGCCAUGACGGUGCAAAAGGCGGACGAGGAGCAGGCGCCUCCCCAAGCCCAAAUCGGCAUUGCACAGUCACCGAGCGAAGGAGAAGAAGAGGCCGAAACCGCGACCGAACCCGCGCACGCCGCCGCGGCGCCCGACACCCUUGCGAAGGGGCGAAGGAUACAGAAGGUAACGAGGUUCAAGGAGCUGGAGCGCAUCGAGUCCAACACGACGACGGCGACAGCGGCAGCCGAGCCCGCCCCGCCUUCGCCUCGGUCUUUGUCUCCCGGAGAGGUGCAAAACCAGGGGCACAAGGCCGAGGAUGCAACGGCCCACUCGACCGGCCCCGACGAGUCAUCCGCCCGCGCCCGCGCCCAGCCGAGCCAGACGGCCUCGUCGACAUCCCUCCAGGCUCCCUCCAAGCAAGGCAAGCUCUCCAAGAGCGUGCCGGUGGCCAAUGGGAAGCUGGUCAAGAAGAAUCGCUGGUCGCACAGGGGCGCCAAGAGCACAGCCGUGGCUGGCUGAACCUAGUGCCCACCGCUUGCUUGGGACCAG